AAGUUCUGAUCUGUGUGCUUCUUGAUUUUGAAAUGUAAUACAUUUAUAUAGUUCAACCCAUGCACUAAUGGCGGUCGAAAACUAAGGAAUGGGAUAAAAGAGGUGUCACCAUGGAUUAAACAAUAAAAAGGAUACAUAACAAAACAUGGAAACAUUACCUGAACAUCCAUUGAUCGAGAUAACGUCUGAGGAUAUAAGAGAAACUCGUGAUUGUUACGGAUUGAACGAUGUCAAGAGGAUAAAUGAAAGUCUGGACUUUAUUCAAGAGUGGGCUCAGAAACAGGAACAUCUAAAGGAAGCUCUCCAAUACAUAAAUCGCGGUAUCCUAGAAAGAUUACUUUUAUUAUCAAGAGGUUCUGUUGAAGCAACAAAAAGCAAAUUAGAUAAGUUUCUUACGUAUAGGAGUAUGAUGCCGGAACUAUGUUUAAAUCGGAAUGCAGACGAAUUUCAAAUAUUUUCUAAGUGGGGGGCGUUCCUGCCUCUUCCUAAAAAAUGUGCCAUCGACCACACUAGAGUGUUGGUGACGCAGUUGCUUCCACCAGAACAACAAGACGAUUUUAACCUGUUGACAUAUUUUCGCUACGCAUUUUUGUUAGGAGAAAUCAAGCUCCAUUACGACUAUUGGGACUCCGAGAGAUAUAUUGUGGAUUUAACACACAUGAACCUCGGGUAUCUUACGAAGUUGAUCAAUCCAAUCGUUAUUAAAAAAGCAGAACUAUUAAGUACAGAAGCUUUUGGAACAAAAAUAAAAGGAAUUCACUUAAUAAAUGCGCCAAACUUUGUGGAUAAAUUUGUUCUUAUUUUAAAACAAGCGCUCAAACCAAAAGUUGCGGGCAGAAUAUACAUCCAUGAUUCAUACGAGGACCUUCAAAAGCACAUACCAAAAGAGAUAUUGCCUGAAGAUUUCGGUGGAAAUGGUCCCCGUAUUGCAAAGUUAGCAGGAAUGUGGAUGGAAUUUAUAAAAACCGAAGAGGCAUACCAAAUUAUGAAAAAUACUGAAAAGUGGGUUGCAGAUGAGAGCAAAAGAAGUUCAUCUAAAUUUAACGAAGAAUACUUAGGAAUGCCGGGGUCGUUUAGGAAGUUAGAUGUAGACUAAUAAGAUUUAUAUAAGCUCAUUAACAAUUUUAAGGGUAUUCCGUUUUCAAAACUACUUACUUCACUAACAUGGGAAAAGUGAUUAAUUCUACUCAUAGCAUUCAUUCUUAUGUUAUUCUCCUUGGUGGUGACCCCUUAUACACAUAAAGAUAAUAAAAAGAUAAUUUCAAAAAAUACCAACUAGUGCAAACCAGGGAAUUUAAAAUGAACUGUAAUUAUAAAGGGGCUACUUAGGUGAACAGAACAGGAAUCACUGGAAUAAAGGGAAAAGCCGGUACUCACCUCUUCUGCAAUAUUCUGGGUUCUUUUAUAUUCGACUAAGUGUGCUGGCAAACCACAAUAAUAUAAAUUGGCCGGACACAUAACGAAGAAAUCACUACGAUCUCAAGGCGGCAAAUCAACAGGAAUAAUAGGAUUUCCUGGAUUUAUAAUUAAAUGUUCCGGUGCCCAACCUUCGCGUGCGGUUACUUGACGGAAUGUGUGUUACGCCAUACGUCCAUAGAUGUUGCGGCUCGCGGUUUAUUCUUAACUUGUACCGACUAAUUUGCUAGGAUAAAGGUGUAAGGGGUUAAGGAAAAGGUUGUGUGUUAUUUGGACAACUGGCGUCACCACCGACUUUAAACAUGCAUAUUAUACUUUAAAAGAAGGUCAUUAAAAUAUAAAAAUUACGUCAUUCACUAUUUAUAUCAAAUACCAUUGUAGUGUUAAUAUGGCAUAUUAUAUUUAUUAGUCUCAGUUGGUAAUUACCACCAAUAUCAAGAUAAUAAACCUCUACAGUGAGGAAAUUUAAUUUCUGAUUUUAAAUUACA